UCAAGCCUGGAGAGCCGGCUUCGUCCGUUGUUCUCGGAGCGCGGACUGCACUCUUCGGCCGCAGCCGGGCGUGCCGCGGAGCCUCCCAAGGUUUCCACCUGUGGGCUUUGCGGGAUCCCGGAGAGCUGGCUGUCUAGACCGAGCUGGGAUGAUGUCUAAAUUUUCCCCGGAGUGUAUUUCAGUGUUGGUGAAACAGCUCAAACCUCUAUUUAAAAAGUCAGGUCACAUCUCGAAGAGAUUGAUAAUUCAUGUUUUAGAAAGACUUUGAAGAUAUUGUCCCAAAAUGGGAUUCUCUCUUAGUAAAUCUGCUACUCAAGUAUCUGCUAUACACAGUGAUUCAAAAGUGGAGGAUCAUUUAAUCCGAAGGACUGAGAAAACCAGGUUAAGACCAGUGACUCAGUUAUUUCAAAAUACCGGAAAAAUAAGGUUAGAAGCUACAAUUCAAGGAGAAAACUUUACAGUGAAUGAAGAGACUGGCACAGAAUCUCAUUCAGGAAAAGCACUAAGUUCUGUGACAUAUGUUAAAGAAAGAGAUGGACUAGAAAUGAUAGAUGUGGAAUGA